AAUUGUUUAAUUUCUGGUCAUCUCCGAGUUUCAUAAAUCUUAUUUAGUGCUUGUGAAUGCGCGGGGGUGGAGUUUCACCUUCUCCAUAUUCAGAAGUUGGGUGGCUGCUUGAAGCUCACACUCUUUGCCGUAUAAAGAGAGGACCUCGGUCUCUUUAAGACAAGACAAAUUAACGACUUGUACAAAUAAUUGGCCGCAUUGCUUCAUUUUUGACAUCACUAAAACAUUUAUGGUGUCCACUGACGCGCUACAUGCUUGAGACGAGGCCAGAGGAGCAUGAUGGAGUACUUGAGCGACAAGUUCUCCUUAAAAAGUCAAGCGAUUAAAGGCAGCGAUUACUACAUGGACCAAGUCAUGGAGACUUUAGACAAUGUGCAGUACUACAACAAGACAUCACCUAAAUGCGUCCAGGCCUUCUCGAUGCAGAGCAAUGAUCAACACACCACCAUGGACAGAUCGUCUCCGUGUGACAACCAAAACAAUUCAGGCGUGAAUUACUGCGCUCCUAAAACUGAAGACAGCAGCCUGCACGCGAUGGAGAACUGCUGCAGACCAGACAAAACAGACCUGGACGACAUCGGCGAAAAAUGCGACAGCAACGUGUCGAGCAGCAAGAAGAGACGCCAUCGCACGACCUUCACGAGCGCUCAACUAGAGGAACUGGAGAAAGUCUUCCAGAAAACCCACUACCCAGAUGUGUAUGUGAGAGAACAACUGGCCAUGAGAACAGAGCUCACGGAGGCCAGGGUUCAGGUAUGGUUCCAGAACAGAAGAGCCAAGUGGAGAAAGCGAGAAAGAUACGGACAGAUCCAGCAGGCCAAAAGCCACUUUGCAGCGACCUAUGACAUAUCAAUGCUGCCCCGGACAGACAGCUACUCACAGAUUUCCAACAACUUAUGGACAGGUCCCACUGCAGGCAGCUCUGUAGUCUCGUCCUGCAUGAUCCCACGCGGUUCCCCUCCCUGCGUGACGUCUCCCUAUCCCCACUCGCCGAGAGCCGGCGAGCACAGUUACGUGGGAUUCCCCAAUCACCAGCAAAAUCAGUUUGGAAUGUCUCUCAACAACUUCUUCGCCGAUUCACUUCUGGCGCCUUCAGCGAACAGUCACGCUGCGUUCGAGACCAAACCUGAGUUUGAACGGCGGUCCUCCAGCAUUGCUGUGCUGCGGAUGAAGGCGAAGGAACACGCAGCCAACAUAUCUUGGACCAUGUGAACUCUGAACUUAUUCUAAUAGUGCUGAUCUCAACAGUUUUAACCUAUAACAGUACAGCCAGUUACUUCGUGAAUUUGUUUUUAUUUUAUUUUUUAUUGGAACAACAAAAUACCAGCCGUAAUUAUAGACUGUUCUGGAAAAGUUUUCUGUCCUUUCAAAAAUAAUUUAAGAAACCUCUUGAUUAAACAGUAGUUGUUCUUAUUUUGUCUUAGCGUCUCUUGUCAUUGUGAAUAUGAAGGCCACAGAUCUCGACAGUAUUAUACUCUCAUGACUUUGACAGAGAUGUUAUGGUCGACAUACUAACACUAUGUCUUUGUGCUUUGCAGCAAAGCUGUUUAAUGCUCUCUAGCUGUGGUUUAGUCCACAUUGCCACAUGCAGAGUUGCAAUUUUUUAUUUUAUAUUACGGUAAUAAAAGUUCAUUAAAAUUA